ACAAGUCUGUUACAAAUUUUGAAGGCGAUAAACAAGAAAAAAGAAGUAAGAAUCCUCUAGGAUGUUGCUUCUAAAUUCUUUGGCUACGGCAGGGACCAAGGUUUCUAACAGAGUGCUGGGGAAGAUUGAAGUCACGAGGAGUUUAGACCCGUCCCAUUCAACCAAGCGACGUCGUAGAGAUGUGUCAUGGAGCGAGUCGCCCAAAGGGAUGCGAGUAGCAUCCUACGAGUGUUAGCAAAGAUGCGGCAGAGAGAGGAGAGAAGGGGUGAUCAGAGCACAAGCCCAAGGCGCAGCGGCUAUCAGCGCCAGCCUGUGCGUCGUCGGGGGAAUGCUCCAUCCUGGGGUGGAGGUGGCCAUCAGAGCAACCCCCAAGCUCAAGUUCAUCACACCAUUAUAGCCCCAUCCCUCCAAACCAGCACAAUGGGGUUGAAUGCGCCAUCGUUGAGUGGAGGUGUGCGUUCUCUCAUCAUGCAGGGUCAUCAUACACACAUAGCAUCAACUCCUGAGAAUAACACAACAACUGAUGCACCAACCGUUGGACCAGAAAACAGAGCUAUCCAUGUGCCCGGUGAAAAUCCGCGUGGCGAGUCAUGAAGAGUGACCGAUGAAGAAAGACACACGCAGGCACCGAUGUUGACCAUACAUGUAGUGCAAAUAAAUACAUAUAUGUGCUACGCGUGAACAAUGGUAUUUGUAUGUACUGCUCACAUGCACACAGUGAGCGUGGUAUGUCUGUAAUUUAUACUCCCUCCGUAAACUAAUAUAAACACGUUUAGAACAAUACUAACGCGCUUAUAUUAGUUUACAGAGGACUUGUAAGCAUUGUCUAUAUGUAAUUAUACCAUAUACUAUAAUGGUAAGCUGUGCAUGAAUGAUGUAUACUUGGUAAAUAAAA